AUGACAGGUGAUGCGCCCUUCGUGAUAACAGCAACGGAUAAAAGCGGAUCGAUUGUGAUUGCAGCCACGUUGUUCAUGUCAUGGAUGGUCAUUGUCUGCUUGAUCCGUCUCUAUAUGAGACUCACUAUGAAUGGGCCUUUGGGGAUGGAUGACUGGGCGGCUUUUUCUGCAGGCAUUAUCGGUGUAGUCCAUGUGGCGAUGAUCAUGAACGGUUUGUCCCAUGGACUAGGCAGAUCGCAUCAGGACAGUCCUGACUCCGAGCUUGAAAAAGCUGGAGAGGCAUUGUAUACGUCAAGCCUUCUCUUCCUCGCCGGUCAUGGUUUAGCAAAGAUAUCAGUUUGCAGUCUUUUACGACGACUCGGUCGGGAAAAGGUGUAUCUACUUGCUUGCAAAACCAUUCUUCUCGUCGCGAGUCUCUGGUCCAUCGCUUCUAUUGUCGCUGUAGCUCUGAGCUGCCCGGCCAGAUACCUGUGGUCCGUGGAAAAUCACUGCCGUGGUCUCAAUACUGCUUGGAAAGCAAUUACAGCCUUUGACGUCCUAACCGAGGUUUUCCUCAUUUCUCUCAGUGUGUUCCUCGUAUGGGCCGUUCAGAUGCGUCGCAAAGACAAAAUCACUGUCAUUUUCGCCUUCGGCACUCGAAUGAUAACGAUCAUCCUGGCGAUAGUCCGCCAAUCCUACCUCAAUACGGCGCUCCACGAGAAAGACUUUCCUUUGUCUCUGUCCGACACACUGAUUGCAACUGAGAUUUUAUUGCACUGCAGCAUCAUGCUAGCAACAGUGCCAUGCCUCAAGCCAUUUAUCAUUGCAUUCAAUACAGGCUGGGGACAAGGUGUUGCAGCGACUCCUGGAACCUCAUACUACAAACAAACCGAAUCAAGUGCAUCGCAAGCACAUCCAGAUCCUCCGAAGGAUGCUGAUGAGUUGGAAGUGGCUAUAAGCACACGAUCUCUGGAGAGUCAUAACUCGCAACAAUUGAUCAUCCAUCGAACACAAGAGUGGAGUCUGAGGGAAGAGUUUGAGAUGCGGCCGAUGGGAGGCUGA